AUGACGAAUAGUACGGGUGCGGUUUCCCUAUUCUGGGGAUCCCUUCUUCAGGGGGUGGGACCCGCUGAAAGCGCGAAGUGUCGUUCAAAAAGGGUGAAGAGUAGGCGUCUCUCGAGGUCUAUUUUUUCAUGUGCGACUGCAGUAGACACCCGUACGGCAAAGUUUUGGUUUUGUCAAAAUCCUAAAAUUACACCAAGAGUAAGUAAACCGGUUCUUCGACGACAAAGGACAAAAAAGGUCCAUUUUUCAGACGAGGUUCGCGUUGUUCUCAUUGAGUGCGCGAAUCGCUCCGCCACUUGA